CCUAUCGCUACACACUCAAAAUUCUCACCCCUGCACUUUAUCUUCUUUAUUCCACCCAGAAAGCCACAAUAUACAAAACCUUACUCUCUCAUAAUACACAAAAAACAUUCCCUUCAGAAUUCAAUAUGCCUGGUCCAGUCGUGGAAGAACAGCAGGUUCCAAUUCCGGUCGAAGAGGAGAAGGAAGAUGUAAUUGUGGAAGAUGUUAAGGAGGAUGAACAUGAGGAUGGCGAUGAAGAAGAUGAUGAUGAUGAUGACGAGGAUGACGCUACUCCAGGCUCAGCUGAGGGCACGAAGCAAAGCCGGAGUGAGAAGAAAAGUCGGAAAGCAAUGUUGAAGCUAGGCUUGAAACCGGUUACUGGCGUUAGCCGAGUCACCAUCAAGAGAGCCAAAAACAUAUUGUUUUUUAUUUCAAAACCUGAUGUGUUCAAGAGCCCAAACACUGAGACCUAUGUCAUAUUUGGGGAGGCAAAGAUUGAAGAUUUGAGCUCUCAGCUUCAGACACAAGCUGCCCAGCAGUUCAGACUCCCUGAUAUGGCAUCAAUGAUGGCUAAAUCAGAGGCUUCUACUGUCGGUGCUGCUGCUCAAGAGGAGGAAGAAGAGGUUGAUGAUACAGGAGUGGAGCCUCGGGACAUUGAUUUGGUUAUGACCCAAGCUGGGGUUUCAAGGAGCAAGGCUGUCAAGGCACUCAAAGCUCAUGAUGGUGAUAUUGUUGGUGCUAUCAUGGAGCUCACUGCUUAGAUCGGCCAUCUUAAUUUACUUGUUGAUUCUGUGUCCACAGGAGGUUGAUCGUUCUUUCUACCUUUAUUAUUCUUUCUCUGAUUUGGGUCCUAGAGAAACUACCUAGUGAUGAGUAUGCAUUUUUGAACUGCUACCCAUUUUAAUUUAAUUUUGGAUUCUGUGUUAUGAUAAUAUAAGUGGUUCCAAGUUUUCUGUGCU